AUGGUAGAAACAUCUUCUCAGGUUGAAUCACCUUCAAAUAAUAUCUCGACGUCAUCAAAUUCUUCAACCUCAGAAACUACAUCAUCAUCUACAAACACCUCAAAUGAAAACCAUGUUGAAGUCGCACCUCCAUCAUAUGCCUCUCAUUUUUUCACAGAAUUACAAGAAUCAGCGCCUAUACGAUAUGUAGGAUCAUUAAUUACAGAAGAACGAGUAGCUGGAAUUACUGGAAUAGCUGGAAUGUUUACAGAAAGAAAUGAAGAUGAUGAUAUUGAAGAAAUCGAACAUUUUAAAUAUAAACAAGAUUUAGAAAGAAAAUUAACAGUUAGUUCAGUAAUUGGAUUAGGAUUUUCAGUAAUGGGGGUACCGUUUGGAUUAAGUUCUACAUUAUGGAUUUCAUUAAUGGAUGGAGCUAACGUUACUAUAUUAUAUGGAUGGAUUAUAGUCUGUUUAAUGUCAUUAUUUGUUGUACUAAGUUUAAGUGAAAUUAUUUCAAAAUAUCCAACAGCAGGAGGAGUAUAUCAUUUUAGUGCUUUAUUAAGUCCUGAGAAAUAUUCAUUAAUUAGUUCAUGGAUUACUGGUUGGUUAUUAUUGAUUGGGAAUUGGACUUAUGCUGUUAGUAUAAUGUUUUCUGGAUCACAGUUCAUAUUAAGUAUAUUUGGAUUAAAAGAUUUUGAAUAUAAAGAAGAUCGAUUUUUUGUAUUAGGAGUUUAUUUUUUAAUAUUAAUAUUUGUUGGAUUGAUUAAUUUUAAAUUUUCAAAACAUUUGGAAAAGAUUAAUAAAAUGUGUAUAUUAUGGACCAUUUAUACAGUUCUAGCUAUAGAUGUUUUGUUAAUUUUUUUUGCUAAAAAGACAAACUCAAUAAAAACUAUAUUAACAACAUUUGAUAAUUCAAGAUCAGGUUGGCCGGAUCCAUUAGUUUUUAUUGUUGGUUUACAAAGUUCAUCAUUCACAUUAACUGGGUAUGGGAUGUUAUUUUCGAUUACUGAUGAGGUUAAAAAUCCCGAAAGAAAUAUGCCAAAGGGAGUAAUAAGUUCAAUUUUAAUGGCAUCAAUAGUGGGGAUAAUAUUUAUAAUACCAAUUUUAACCAUAUUACCAGAAUUAGAAUUAUUAUUAGAUCAAGAUUCGAAUAUAAUGCCAAUAGAUUUAGUAUUUAAAUUAUCAACUGAAUCUUAUUUAGUUAGUUUUUUAAUGGCAAUUUUAAUGAUAGGAACUGUCAUAUUUCAAAGUAUUGGUUCAUUAACAACAGCAUCAAGAUCAACUUAUGCAUUAGCUAGAGAUGGUGGAUUACCAAUGUCUUAUUUAUGGACAGAAGUUAAUUCAAUUGAAGAAUAUAAAAUUCCAAGAAAUGCUUUAUUUUUAUCAAUGUUUAUUUGUUCAAUAUUAUCAUUUUUAUCAUUAAUUUCAAAAUCUGCUUUUAAUGCAUUUAUGGGAGCUGCUGUUGUUUCUUUAGCUGUUGCUAAUGGCAUACCUAUCUUUUUAUUGAUGUUGAAUAAGAGACAAAAGAUUAAAGGUUCUGCUUUUAGAUUAAGAUCAUUAGGCUGGUUUAUAAAUGGUGUAUCGGUAAUUUGGAUUGUAUUAUCUGUUUUCAUAUUAUGUAUGCCACCAGUUAUAAAAAAUUUGACUUGGUAUAAGAUGAAUUAUGCAAGUGUUGUAUUAAUAAUUUUUUUAUUGAUUGCAGGUUUGAGUUAUAUAAGUUGGGGUAAUAAAAUAUUCACAGGUCCUCAAAUUGAUACUGACUAUUUUGAAUUGAACAAUUUAGAAUCAGCAGCUAGAAAAAAUUUGGAUAAUUUUGUUAUUGAUGAUGAUGAUGAAGAGAAUGGUGAAGAAGAAGAAGAAGACAAUAAUGUCACCAAGGAGGUGGAUGAUAGUAUACUAUUAUCACCACCAAAGGCUAUCAAGAAAAAAGGAUAUGAACCAAUUGUUGAAGGUAGCUCAAAUCUAAAUGGUAGAGUAAUAAGUGAUAAUUUAAACAAAGACAUACCAAAAAGUCCAACUGGUAAAGUUAGUGAUGAGGAUGAAGAUGAUAUCUCGACUGAAAGUGAAACUGAGGUAUUAUUUAAUGCUGAUGAGAAUAAUGAUAGUGAUGAAAAUAGAUAA